UAUACUGUAACACGCUGAAAAUAAGCAGCUAAACACUUUAUCAGUUAUCUUUUUAUCUACUACUAUGCAAAUAGCUUAACUGUUACGAUUCAUCAAACUAACCGUUAUAUUUUGCACACCUUCAUUGCACGCCACCGACUGUCCGAUCAUCGAUUAGGUAUCGUAUGGUGACGCGCUACCGCUAGCUGUAUUGCGUACAGGAGCACGGUAAUUAUUUUCUGAUUUACCGUUUGUUUUCUUGACCAAAGGCUGGGAAUAUCCGACGAUGGACGCCGUCGACGAUAGAAUCGAAAUAUCGACGUCAUCAAUAACAGAUGACUAUGACGUUGAUUGGAACCAUAAACUUGGAACAGGUAUAUCAGGACCCGUGCGCGUAGGCACGAAACGGAGCAGUGGUGAAAAAUAUGCUGUGAAAGUAAUAAUUGACCGGCCAAAAGCAAGGCAAGAGGUUCAAAUGCAUUGGAAGUGCAGUCGACAUCCUCAUGUUGUCAAGCUGUAUCAGGUAUUCUGCAAUGAUCUACAAUUUCCUGGUGAAUCAGAAUCCCGGAGUCGAUUGUUAUUGGUAAUGGAAUUAAUGGAUGGAGGAGAGCUGUUUCAUCGAAUAAGUCAACAAAACGGUUUCACAGAACGACAGGCAGCUGUUGUAACUAAACAAGUUGCUCUUGCUGUGGAUCAUCUACAUAGUUUGAAUAUUGCACAUCGUGAUUUGAAACCGGAAAAUUUACUUUAUCAUAAUAAAUCAGAAGAAUCACCGAUCAAACUUUGUGAUUUUGGAUUUGCAAAACUUGACAAGGGAGAUUUGAUGACACCACAGUUCACACCAUACUAUGUUUCACCACAGGUUCUUGAAGCUCAGAAGCGACAUAGAAAAGAAAGAUCCAGUAUCCCUGUUUCACCAUAUACUUAUGAUAAGAGUUGUGAUAUGUGGUCACUCGGAGUAAUUAUAUAUAUUUUAUUAUGUGGUUAUCCUCCGUUUUAUUCUGAUCAUCCGACUUCUCGAAGAGCAAUUGAUAAAUGCAUGAGAAAGAAAAUUAUGACAGGAACGUAUGAAUUUCCAGAUAGAGAGUGGGCUCGUGUAUCAGAAAAUGCAAAAGACGUUGUUAAGAGAUUAUUGUGCGUUGAACCGGGUUCAAGAAUGAAUGUAGAAUCAUUGGUGCAACAUCCAUGGUUAACAGAGGAAGCACCUGAUACUCCACUACAAUCACCUAUGUAUAUUUCAAAUAAGGCUCACCGAGAACAUACAGCUGCAACAUAUGAAGCACAAUUAAAGCAAAUGAGAAUUCCUGACAGACCUGUUAAUUUAAAACCAAUUGAGUCUGCAUUGAAUCCAAUCCUAAUUGAAAGAAGAUUGCAAAGCAGGCAAAAUACAGACAUUGGAAAUGCAAGAAGUCCAUCACCUUCAUCUCAAACUAUUCCACCUGAUCCUGCCAAUGUUAAGUCGAUGCGUGAUGUUUUAGCACACUGCUUAUUACCGAAAGCUCAAACUAAAAAGGAUGGAGACACAAUUAUGGAACUUUGUGAAAAAAUUGAUGUCGCUAUUAAAGAAAAUCCGGAUGUAGAAGAAAUCCCCAAGAUGUUGGGAGAUUUAAAGUGGAAUGGCACAACAUUUGAUGAAGAACCAAAACUUAUGGAAGUUGGAAAAAUUUUUAAAACUAUUUUGCAAAAAAAUAUAAAUAAAAUUCGAUAGCGGAAUUUAUUUUUAAGUUGGCAUGUCAUAUAUAGCACUUCACUCCAACAACUGCACUUUUUAUUGGCAUGCAUUGUGUUGUGAAUUGUUGAUCUACUCUUUAAAACCAAUUAUGGAUACAAGCAUUUUAGACUUGCUUAGUUCAAACUCUUAGAGCUCUUUACGGUACCCGUGAAUUUUUCAUAUUUUUUCUUUCGUACUAAUAUAUCUUGCAUGGUAACAUCUA